GAGCGCUGAUUGGCUGCAGGCGUUCUACGGACUUGGCGCCAUUGCGAGUCUUCGCGCUGUCCUCCGAGCCCUCGCUCAAGAAACAUCUUCUUUUCUGCCAAUAUUAGCGGCGUAUCUGCAACGCUAUGGCCGAUAAAGACGCGGCAUUCGAUGAUGCUGUGGAGGAGAGGGUGAUCAAUGAGGAGUACAAGAUCUGGAAGAAGAACACCCCCUUUCUGUAUGACCUGGUCAUGACCCACGCCCUGGAGUGGCCCAGCCUCACGGCCCAGUGGCUUCCAGAUGUCACCAGACCCGAGGGAAAAGACUACAGUGUGCACAGGCUGGUUUUAGGAACGCACACGUCUGAUGAGCAGAAUCAUCUUGUAAUUGCAAGUGUUCAGCUCCCAAAUGACGACGCCCAGUUCGACGCCUCGCACUAUGACAGUGAGAAAGGAGAAACCGAAGAGUUUGGAGGUUUUGGAUCUGUUAGUGGGAAAAUAGAGAUUGAGAUCAAGAUCAACCAUGAGGGUGAAGUGAACAGAGCGCGCUACAUGCCUCAGAAUCCUUGUAUCAUUGCUACUAAGACUCCCACCAGUGACGUGCUGGUGUUUGAUUACACAAAGCACCCCUCCAAGCCUGACCCCUCUGGAGAAUGUACUCCUGAUCUGCGCCUGAGGGGCCAUCAGAAGGAGGGAUACGGCCUCUCCUGGAAUCCAAACCUCAGCGGCUGCCUGCUCAGUGCGUCUGAUGACCAUACUAUAUGCCUGUGGGACAUCAGCACAGUUCCCAAGGAGGGGAAGAUCGUGGAUGCCAAGACGAUCUUCACGGGCCACACCGCCGUCGUGGAGGACGUCUCCUGGCACCUCCUCCACGAGUCGCUCUUCGGCUCUGUGGCCGACGACCAGAAGCUGAUGAUCUGGGACACGCGGUCCAACAACACCUCCAAGCCCAGCCAUGCAGUGGACGCCCACACCGCCGAGGUCAACUGCCUGUCCUUCAAUCCCUACAGCGAGUUCAUUCUGGCCACCGGGUCUGCAGAUAAGACUGUGGCUCUUUGGGACCUGAGGAACCUAAAGCUGAAGCUGCACUCCUUCGAAUCGCACAAGGACGAAAUCUUCCAGGUUCAGUGGUCUCCUCAUAACGAGACCAUCCUGGCCUCCAGUGGCACCGACAGGCGGCUCAACGUCUGGGACCUCAGCAAGAUCGGCGAGGAGCAGUCUCCAGAGGAUGCUGAGGACGGUCCUCCUGAGCUGCUGUUCAUCCAUGGCGGACACACGGCGAAGAUCUCAGAUUUCUCGUGGAACCCCAACGAGCCGUGGGUCAUCUGUUCUGUAUCAGAAGACAACAUCAUGCAAGUGUGGCAGAUGGCUGAGAAUAUUUACAACGACGAGGACCCGGAGGGAGCCGCCGACUCGGAGGUGCAGGCAUGAGUCCAGCCUGGACGUCUCCUCUCCCGGCCUGCUGGUGAAGGAACGCUGGGUUUUCCAGUGGCUGGAGCACACGCAGUGACGUCUUCUCGAGAUCCAUCCGGGCAGCGUUUUUUAGACAGCGCUGCUCUGAAUGAUGUGGUGGCGUAUUUAAAAACGAGAUCCGUCUGGUCCAAGUAUUUUUAGAUCUUUUAUUUCUCUAAAGUCGGUGGGAUGAAACGGUCGCAAACACAUCAGUCAUCGUCAGGUUCGUCGUUGAGAAAGCAUUUCUACAGAGAUCCAUUUUUAAUAUAAUUGUACAUACUGUUAGUUCCUCCUUUUUUAUUUGUAGUAAGUUUGACACAUUGUGUGUUUUGUCUCUUGUGUGUGUGUUUCCCUGCAAUUGUCUGUGCUGAAUAUGAUCUUUUGUGUUACGUGUCUUCAUAAUAAAAAAUAUUUACAUUUGA